GUCAACUGUCAGUAAUUGGUUGUUUCUUAAGCACAUCGCCCAGCCGGGAUUCAGAUUAGUUUUCUCAAUAUCAGGGCGAGACUAGUUGAGUUUGAGAAUGGCAGAUGAUACCAAUGAGGAUAGCUGGCUUUACGGCACAUCAAACCCCGACUCAACGACAAACGAAGAGGAGAGAAAAGAGCCAGACACCCAAGAACAGCCAGCAGACGACAAAACCGAUGGCGAGGUCGAGCAAGAACCCACAGAAAAUGGAAACGAAGCAGAAGCAGACGAAGGCCGCCAAUCACCAGACACAAAUGAACCGGACACUAAGGAUGAGGAGACCGUCGACGACCCAGCAAACGAAAUGGAAGAGCAAGAAGAUGACGAGGCCAACAACGGGCGCGAACAAGCCGACUCGGAUUUAGACGACAGCGACGAUGAUAUCAAUAUUGUCAUAGGCGAUAUCAAGACAGGCCCACCGGCCACAUACAACAUUAAACAGAGGGCGAACCUCAUCGCCCCGACAGCGGCCAUCUCGCAGGAGAAACCAAAGCCUUCCGCGGGCAAAUUCAAUAUCGAAGAGUUUGAGAGCGUUGGCACGAUAAAUGGGGUUCCCGCACACGAAUUCAGUAUCGAUUCGCUGGACGAGAAGCCGUGGCGGAAACCCGGUGCCGAUAUUACGGACUAUUUUAACUAUGGAUUCAACGAGGACACUUGGCGGGCGUAUUGCGAGCGGCAGAAACGGUUUCGUAUCAAUGAAAGUGGCGUGGGGCUGCAAGGACUCGCCGCGGGAGGAACGAAUGUUAUUGCUCAGGCGGCCGCGAAUAAUAGGACACUCACGCCGCUUACGAAUAACGAUAAUAGCAAAUAUGCUGGACAGUUGGGUCCACCGAGGAGACCGGGUCCGCCUAUUGCGCCAGCAAAAGAAAAUGUCAUCCAAGUCAUGACGGCAGAAAGGCGUGAAUACAGUCGUCCAGGUGGCCCACCAUUCGGCGAUCAAUACUAUGAGCCAGAUUCCUACAACUACGGCUACGAGCCAACGCAAGAUUCCCAGUGGAUGAAUGACAACAACGCCGGCUGGGCACCGACCGGCAUCAAAGAGCUUACACCAGGUCCACAGAUGGUUCCACCACCCAUGGGCGGUAUGGUUCCGCCGCCGCAUAUGGCUAUGCGCGGCCCAAUGCCCUUACCGCCGAUUGUGGGGAUGCCUCCGCCUCAUAUGCCCCCAAUGAAUAUGAUGCCACCGAAUCGAAUGAUGCCCAACAAUCCAAACGAGCAGCGUGACAAUAGGGAGCGUGAGAACCGAGAACGCGACCGUGAACGGACCGAUCGAGAGCGGGAUCGGACCGAUCGCGAACGGGAUCGUGAACGCGAACGGGAGAGAGAACGCGAAAGGGAACGUGAACGGGACUGGGAUUGGGAUGAACGGGAACGUGACCGUGAAAGACGCGAAAGAGAUCACGAUCGACAUCGUGAUCGUGGCAAAUCAGAGGAGUCUGAUCGGCAACCCGGGAACGAGUCCCCAACCUCAAGGGAUAGAGAGCGACGACGUCGAGACAGAGAACGUGAUCGUGAAAGGUCAAAGCGUGAGCGAUCCCGCAGUCGAGAGGCCAGAUCACGAAGACGUUCGAGAAGUCGCGAGAAAGAUCGCGAUCGCAAGUCUCGCGACAAAAAGAAACAUCGUAAAGACAAGGAGGAUAGUGAAUGAAACCCGUUUUUCUUUCUUUAUAAUUCACACUUAAUUAAAUUAGAAAUUUAAAAAAGCAAACAUUGUCUCUGGAUCACACGGGAUGUGAUCGCGUUUUAAGUUUUUUGUCUCCUUUUGUACACGCACGUGACGUCAAGUUGACUUGUGCAUUGUUCUUUGCGGUAAUGAAUAAAAUAUUGAGAAGAAUUAUGUGCAUGAACAGAAGAGUAGGCAACUGAAAAAAGGAAAACAAUAAAAGAAAAUUUUCCAAAAACUA